CCGUUGCCAUUGGUUGCAGCAGCAGCUGUAGACGCUCCGCGGCGUCUUGAAACUAGCGACUAAACUGUCUCAGAAACGAGACGAAACGUCACCAGUUUACUUUCUGACGUGUUCAUUUUGAUGCACAGUGACGUCAUAGUCGCGGGAAACUGCAGCUGUGUUUAGAGCAGCUAAUGGGACUAACGAAGUUAACGGAGCUAGCAACGGGAUUUGCUGCUGUUUGAACCGUCAGCACUUUGACGGGCUGCUAGCUGUUAGCCGUUAGCUCGCCCGUCUCCCGUCGUUCAGACAGCUCAGACCUGGAAGGAGCCUCUGCAGCGGACUGAGACACGAUGAAGAAGAGGAGGAAGGUUAGCUGCUCCUGCUAAAGCUAAGCUAACAGUCAGAACGGUGUUUGGACAGGAUUUGGUCAGACCCGAACCCAGCCAGCCUGCUGAUCCCUGAACCAUGUCUGACUGUGACCCGGCUGCUGUAGAGGAACCUAUUCCUGGUCCUGCCGGUCCUCCUGGUCCGGGUCGUCCCCCCCUGGCAGAGAAGGCCCUGUCGGAUCCGUUCGCCCGGCUGCGGUUCCGGGACACGUCUCUGCUCAUCUGGCAGCAGCAGCAGCAGCAGGCGGCGCUUCCCUCCACCUACCUGAGCCGCAGCCAGUCGGCCUGGUACAGCAGCUACGGCAACCAGGCCGUCCUGGUCCGGGACAAGAGGGGCCUGGAGGACGCAGAGGGCCGGUCCAGGAUCUGCAGCAUUAUGUAGGACUGCUUCUGUUCUGGACCGCCUUCCUUCCAGUCCUCCAGAACUAUUUACUUUACAUUUUAGUGGAUUUUGUAAAUUCAGAAUUGAUUUCCUGGAAGGUUACUGCUCCAUUCUGUUUUAUUUUGAAAAGCCAGUAUUUCACAAAUAAAAGCCAUAAAGAACCA